GAAUAUAAUGGAAGUGGUCCGGGGAAGAGACAUUAAAGUUGCCUGCCAUAAUAACAUUCAGCCUUGUUAACCAAAACACAAGGCAUCUGGUUAUACUAUGCAGUCCACCUUUAGCACUUGGAAUUCAGCAGUCCUUGUAUAAGGCAGGAUUAUGCUGCAUAUAGUCAGAUGGAAGCAGCUCUCUCCAUCCAUCCCUCCCUCUCCCAUCCAUCCCCUCCUUCCACCUCUCUUCUAUCUCAUGCUUCUUUCAUCUUCCUCCUGUUCCCACUGCCUUCAGACAAAAGAAAUCCCAGCCGGGCUCAGGGUCUUCAUUGCACUGAGCAGCUUCUUGUUGCUGUGCCCUGGGAAAAAAAGGGUCUUUCUUCGCUCACCCUAGCAAGAGAGAGACGGAGAGUGAGGAAGAAAGGCUCAGGGAGGGAGGGGAAGAACAAGGGAGAGGAGGGAAGAAAUAUAAAGGAAGACAGAUGGGCAGAGGUGAUAGGCAGAUGUGGUUUAGCGUGUGUAACUGUGCAUCCUGAUGCUCUGCUUGUAGGUGCAGCGAGGAGUUAAAGGGAGACAUUGUGGACAUGCCCAGGUACUGAGGGAAUUUCUGCAGUGAAGGGUUACACCAGCUGUCAGCUAGGAGACAUAGGAAGUGUUGGAAGACUAAAGAUGGCUCCUGCCGGUGCUUUCUGGGUGCUGCUAGCCGGUUUCCUGUUCGUAUCAAGAAGUGGCGGAGAGGAGGAUUCAUCCAGGGAACUUGAGUGUAAAAUGAAGAGCAUCACAGUCUCAGCUCUCCCUUUCCUCCGGGAGAACGACCUCAGCAUCAUGCACAGCCCCUCUGCCUCUGAGCCCAAGCUUCUCUUCUCUGUCCGGAAUGACUUCCCUGGGGAGAUCGCAGUCGCUGAUGAUUUGGAGAACACAGAACUGCCUUACUUUGUGUUGGAAAUUGCUGGAAAUACAGAUGAUAUCCCACUCGUUCGCUGGAGACAGCAGUGGCUUGAAAAUGGGACUCUCCUCUUCCACAUUCACCAUCAGGAUGGCUCAUCGAAUUUGCCAGGUCAGGAUGCCACCGAAGAACCUCCGGGGGAUGUAGCAGAAGAAGAAUUAAGGAUACUACACAUUUCAGUCAUGGGUGGAAUGAUCGCCCUCCUGCUGUGUAUCCUGUGCCUUCUCCUUAUUUUAUAUACUAGACGACGUUGGUGCAAGAGGAGACGUGCUCCCCAGCCGCAGAAGAGUGCGAGUGCAGAAGCAGCCAAUGAGAUCCACUACAUCCCUUCAGUCCUUAUCGGAGGCAGCCAUGGACGAGAGAGUCUCCGCAAUGCUCGUGGGCAAUCCACUCAUCCUGGAGGCACCCUUGGAAUUCGUGAAACCCCUAUCCUUGACGGUUACGAAUAUGAUGUCUCUGAGCUGCGUCAUCAUCUCCAGCGGGAGUGCAUGAAUGGUGGGGAAGAUUUUGGAAGCCAGGUGUCCCGUACCCUGGAUUCACUUCAUGGAUGCAAUGAUAAGAACACCAUGGACCUCACUCCUGUCUUUGCUCUGAAUUCUGCGUCCUCUGGAGGGGAUAAUGCCAAAAUGUCUCUGAUGAGCAAGUAUAAGGAAAGCAUGAUCUCUAACAAUCCGGGGGACCCCAACAACCAGCCCACCACCCUGCUGUCACAUGGUGCUUCCAGCCAGCAUAAAAGAAUCAACAGCAAGUCGCGAGCAGGCUCAGCCUUUCUGAACCCCGAAGGAGAAUGCGGAGGGGAGAUGGAUAGUGAAACUCAGCUAACCUUCUAUACAGACCCUUCUCGCAGCCGGAGACGCAGUCGAGCAAUAGGUUCCCCCCGGAGUCCUGUCAACAAGAUGACUCUUACCCUCCUCAGUAUAACCAGUUGUAUUAUUGGCUUGGUAUGUUCAUCCCAUAUCAGUUGCCCUUUGAUCGUGAGGAUUACCCUUCAUGUCCCAGAGCACCUCAUUGCUGAUGGAAGUCGCUUUAUCCUUCUGGAGGGUAGCCAGCUGGAUGCCAGUGAUUGGCUGAACCCUGCGCAGGUUGUCCUCUUCUCACAGAUGAACUCCAGUGGUCCUUGGGCCUUAGAUCUUUGUGCAAAAAGAAUUCUGGACCCUUGUGAGCAUUUAUGUGACCCUGAGACAGGAGAGUGUUUAUGCCAUGAAGGGUAUAUGAGGGAUCCUGUGCACAAGAACCUCUGUAUACGGAAUGAGUGGGGAACUAACCAAGGCCCCUGGCCUUACACCAUGUUCCAGAGAGGAUUCGAUCUGGUUUUGGGGGAGCAGCCAGCAGACAAGAUAUUUAGAUUUACGUAUACACUGGGAGAGGGUAUGUGGCUUCCCCUCAGCAAGAGCUUUGUCAUACCUCCUGCCGAACUGGCCAUUAAUCCGUCAGCCAAGUGUAAAACCGACAUGAGUGUUAUGGAGGAUGCUGUUGAGGUCAGAGAGGAGCUUAUGACCUCCUCCUCUUUCGAUAACCUUGAGAUUCUACUAGACUCCUUUGGACCGGUACGGGAUUGCUCCAAAGGGAACGGUGGCUGUAGCAAGAACUUCCGUUGUGUUUCUGACCGCAAACUGGAUUCUAGCGGCUGCGUGUGCCCGCCAGGGCUGAGUCCUAUGAAAGACAUGUCGGGCUGCUACAAUCGUCAGGUGGGAGUUGACUGCUCAGACGGCUUCAAUGGAGGCUGCGAACAACUGUGCCUUCAAAAAGAAGUCCCCUUCCCAGAUGACCCGGAGAUGUAUAACAUCUUGAUGGUUUGUGGCUGCAUUGAAGACUAUAAACUUGGACCAGAUGGGUUGUCAUGUCACCUGGUCACAGAAUCAUGUCCCGGUGGAGCUCACUGUGGGGAGAGUCCGGAGGUACCAAUGAACCAGACACUUUUUGGGGAGCUCUUUUAUGGUUACAAAAACCAGACAAAGGAAAUUUCACCAAGCCAGCUUCUGAAAGGAUCAUUUAGACAGAACAAUUUUGCCCGUGGACUGGAACAUCAGCUACCAGAUGGUUUAAUUGUAUCCACCAUACCCUCCGAAACCCAAUGUCACGAAGAGAUAUCCGAGCCCAUUCCUGACCCUGAUUUUCUGACAGGGAUGGUCAAUUUCAGUGAAGUAACCGGUUAUCCUUUAGUCCAGCACUGGACCGUACGAUCUGUCAUGUACCAUGUUCGGCUGAACCAAGCAACAGUCUCUCAAGCUUUCACUCAUGCUCUUCAUGCUCUCGAUGGAGCUGUGUCCCGUCUAGAAUUCAUGCCGCUGUUAGAACAGUUUGGGAACCAUUACAUCCAGGAGGCAGUAUAUGGAUUUGAGGAAACCUGCUCUAUUUGGUAUCCUAACCGGCAAAUUCAGAGACAACUAUGGCUUGAAUUCGAAGACAUAAGUAAAGGAAAUACACCAUCUGAUGAGUCUGAGGAAAGAGAGAAAGAACCAAAAGUGCUGACCUUCCCAGAGUACAUCAAUAGUCUUCUAGAUACUGGUACCAGGCGACUGAUUCAAGGCUUGCGCAUGGAGUGUCAAAGUCGUGGGCGAUGCUCCUCCUAUUGUCAGCUGUGCCAUGUUACUUCUAGUCCAGAUGCUCCACCUGAACCUGUUCUUCUUGAAGUCACAAAGGCAGUCCCAAUAUAUGAGCUGGUGAGCAACAACAAUGCUACCCAGCAGUUGCUGCAGGAAGCGGUGCUCAGUUCACUUUGGUGCUCAGGUCGUGGUGACGUGAUUGAAGAUUGGUGCCGAUGUGACUCCACAGCAUUUGGUGCGGAUGGACUUCCAACAUGCGCCCCUCUACCACAACCAGUGUUACAUCUGUCUAUGGUACAAGAGCCCAGCAGUUCCCUCCUGGUGCUCGAGUGGAUGCAUUACGAAUCCCCCAUCGGGGCACGGAUAGUAGACUAUCUCAUAAGCCAGGAGAAGGUUUCUGACAAACUGGACCAUUCUAAAAUGGAAGCGGGUAACAAUGACGAGACUGUGCUAAGUUUCGUGGAAGAUAUAAUCUCAGGAGCCAAAUCUCCCUGUGUGAUGCCAGCCCAAGUACCCGACAAACAUUCCUCGGUGAUAUCGAUUGUGGUCCGCUGCCUGGAGUCUGACACUUCUUACACGUUCACAUUAUGGGGUGUAGAUAACACGGGCAGACGAUCUGAGCCGAGUCAUGUGACUGUACGAAUGCCCUGUCCAGAGGUGGACGACAUCAAGUCGCAAGAGGUGGCUGAUAAAAUCUAUAACCUUUUCAAUGGCUACACCAGCGGUAAGGAGCAGCAAACUGCAUACAACACCUUGCUGGAACUGGGGUCCCCCAGUUUACACCGUGUACGAUUCCACUACAACCAGCACUUCCAAAGUUUUGGGGAGUUCACCUGGCGUUGUGAGGAUGAACUGGGGCCAAGGAAAGCUGGGUUGGUAUUAUCUCAGCUUGAAGCCUUGAGUCCACGAUGCAGCUAUCUUCUAGGAGAGCCAAGAAUCAGCCUACGACGCUCUUCCCUACGCUAUCUUGCCUGCCGCUACAGUGAGCCUAAAUCUAAUGCAAUGAACUGGACUGAACUAAGUAGAGACCUGAGGAAGAACUGUGAGGAACAAAUACUUAUAGUGCUGAGCAACGAUUACGGAGACAGUAAAGACAACUGAAAGUCACUGGUGCCUCGCCCAGUACCAGGACUCAGGAACAGAAUGUGCUUCAUAUAAAAGCAAGCUGGAUUCAUAACUGUACAAAAAAAAAAUGAUUUGUUGAUCAACUAGCCUUGUGUCAAGUUCUGAUCUCACAACAGAAAUUAACUGGACAACAUAUAUGACUGCCACUUGUUAGUUUCUGGAUGUAUAAACAUGGCAAGAGAUGUCAUGACCUCCUCAGUCUCAGUGCACUAAACACAAAGCAAGUGUAAUACCAGAAACCUAAACCCCAGAUGUAUAUUAUGUUAUGUCCUACAGUAAGUAUUGCAUCCAAUGUUAUGGACAUACAUACCUAAAUGGUUGCAACAAUGAUGUAACUCAGGCUCUAUGUCAUGAAAAUGUUUACCCCCAUUAUGCCAUGAAGUCUGUGCAAUGUUAACCAAGAUUUACAAACCAAUGGAAAUGAUACCAUGCUUUUUCUAUGUUAUAUCGGUAGUAAGAGUCAGUGUUCUGCCUUGGUUAAGAAGAUCCCACUUACUGUAAAUGUGUAUGAAAUAUAAAAUGAACCCCUUCUUUUCUAUACCUACAAGUGAUAAAUAAGGAUCAUUCCACACUGAGAGUUCUCUUCAUGUGUUCAGUAACUCUAACCUUGUUGGAGCUCUGAUUUAUUCUGGCUUUCCUUGAAAAGAUUCUAGAAGUAUCAGAGCUGAUCACACAGUGCCUGUUUUUUGCUGGGUUUGGUCUAUUUAUCUGUGUCUUCCAGCUACGCAACUGGGUCAGCAGCAGCUUUGCCCCAUGAAGAAGAUCCAAGUCCUUUUUCCACCAAUUUGACGUGAGCCAAGAAGGCUUUUUUUUUUUUUUUUUUUUUUUACACUUUACUAGUUUUUCUAACAAAAUUAGUUGAAAUAAUUUUUUUCAUUGACCUCAAUAGACCAGGACCAUAAAGCCAAGAUGAGUUAUGUUAAUAGUUUAUUUAUGCUGACGGGAAAUAUGUUACGUAGCUGAAAGAGAAUGUUUCAUGGAAAGACGAGCUGGUUGAAUAGUUGAAAUCCUGUUCACAUACAUAGGGACCAUUCUGUGUCUCCUCACUUGAACCAUUGACUUCAUUCAUUAUUACAGCUCCAUCUCAACUUUCUACUAUCCAAAAAUGUCCAUUCUUUUGCAACUUUUCCCUUAUCAAUUACUUAAUUUUUGCUUCCGUUUUGUGUCUUUGAUCCUAACAACUCUUUAAUGACCAUUUCCACUUCCUGUGUUUCCCAACAAAAAAAGUAUUUUACCUGGUCUCACAUAUUUACACCAAACAUUCACUCAACGUAAGUCAUCGCCGGGAAUUCACUACCAUUCACCGCUCAUCAUUGAUGGAAUUUUGCAGUUCGAUGCCUACUUGUCUCCUUGCCCAGUAGACCUCUUCAAGCGAUCACGCCCAUUUGUCCCGUUGUUCCCACUGAAUGGCCAUAUUGAAGGUCAGAUUUAAACCUUUUGGUCUAUAGGAAAUCCAACCACUUAUUAACCCAUUCACAUAAGAAGCAAUAAAGUUAACCCAAUUGUUUACUUUAAAUGAUAAAAAUUUUACCAUGUGUGGCCAUGAUUAUUUUUCAGAAAUUUUCAUGAAAUUAUAAAAUAUUCUUUUGUGUGUUAAUGGAUCAAAGAAAAAAUUUUAGUACGAUUCAAACUUUAUAUAGUUAUAAAUUUAUUACAUUUUGCUGAAUGUAUAGAUGUGUAUAGAUUUGACUCUCUCGUGUCUUUAUGUCAUACAUACACAACAUACAAAAAGUAUGAUAGGAAGCUAUAUUGAUGAUGCAAAUUAUUUAGAUGGUAAGGGCCUUUUUCAAGACACAACUCGUAAGCAUAUGAAUCAGAUCAAUCUCUUUAUUUUCAGUGGCUUAAAAAAUGUAAAGGUUCACUUUAACGCCUGGUCCUUUGAGUUCAAAGAUCAGUUAGUACAGUACAGUCAGUAAAAAAAUCCCUGGGCCAUUAAUAAGGAUAGUAGAAGUAUCAUGAGCUGAACUUCCCAGGGGAUUGGCGGUAGCUUGUCUAUAGAUGCUAGUAAUAAAAUAAUGGAGAAUGGAUCAUCUUGCCAAUAACUAAUAAAGCUAGGUUUUUUUACGUAGUAUUUUGGAAAAGUUUAUAGCAAAAAAAGUGGCAUUACCAACAGUGCAGAGUCUCAGAGAAGCAGUUCCAUGGCCCACCUUUUUUGUAGACUUGAAUUCAAUGGGAGCGGAGAUGAAGGGGUGCAGCAUUCCCUGCUCUCAUUUGCGAUAACACUGAUUUACACCUCAGUUCAUAAACCAUAUGUUAUCAUAAAUUUGUAAAUGAUUUAACUAUUACAAAAAAAAACAGAACCUAGCAAAUGAAUAGCAAAUGAAAAACUUAUGUUGUUAGCAAGGGAAGAUAGAGUAUGCUGUACUAGGAGGAUCUGCCGUUCUAGCUCAAUGAAACAUGCCAUCUUGACAGCAGAAUUGACAAUCAAUGUUCUCGUCUAUGAAUUUGUAACUUUUGCGCUAUUACUUUUGAAACCAGACCACCUGCAAUGCAAGAUUUGUUGCAAUUUGAGAGGUCAUCCAGUUCUAGAAUUUUGAUUUCCCCUCUAUCAACCUUACUUUAACUUAGACUUUGUUCAUUAGAGUCCAUUUUACUGUUUUAUUUCAAGCAACAGAGGAAUAUUGAGUUGAUGGUCAGUAUCUGUGUGAUCCGUUACACAAAAGACCCAUCAUAAAAAGGGCCAGGGCAGGAGGUAGACAGUCGCCAAGGGUUCCACUAAGAAGUAGGCAUGCAAUUUCUGGGUUACAGGUACGCUUACACAGGUUAGUUAAUCGUGAGUUGUCAGCGGCAGAAUUUCCAUAGUGGAAAAUUUGCAGCAGAUCCCAUUGAGGUCAGUGUUGUCCGCUGCAGAAUUUUGGUUGCAGUGAUUCCACUGUGUGAAUGUACCCUAAAAAACAUCUUAUUAAUUUAUUUCCAUAGACCCACUGUGUGUGUGUGUGAGGAAAGGGUGGGGGGGUGGGGGGGGGGUUACACUCUUAAUUAGUUACUUUCUCCAUUACUUCCCUGGCCAAUCACAGCAUAAUGGUGACAUGGUGCUGGUGAAAGUGCACUGAACAGGCAUGCACUGUCCUGGAGAGGAUUUAUUCAGUAUAGAACUAGAUAUAAUGAGAAGGGAGAAAGGGUUUCUGAUGAACUGGCUAUGAAAAGUGCUAUGAAAGCAGAAAUGAAAGCAACAGCAGCAGGAUCACAGCAAUGUAAGGGUUAUACUAAGCACCGAGCUGCUACACUUGCUGCUUCAUCUGAGAAGCUAAAGCUAAGGGAGAUUACACCACAGCACUGCGUACGUACAGCAGUGGGUACACUGGGGUUUACACGAGUGACAGCUGCCCAGAGCUUUAUGGAGGUCAGAGAUAAGGGUGAAGCCUUGAUUUACCUUUGAGGAACAGAGAUACAGUGUAGAUCAUUUUCAGCAGGCAUAUCAGCUCAGCUUGCAGGUACACAGCUCAGGCUUUGUCUUUCUCUUCUCCAUGUAGCACACUCCACUUCCUGUGUUUUACCCUGAUCAAGCUGUUACUAAAGACAGAUUUCCCCUAAACCAGUAGAUUACAGGAUUGAGACACCUAGUGGCCAAGAUUCCAAGCUAUUCUUUGGGGGUCAGAAGCCAAUUUUAGCUAAGGAAUUUAUUUACAAAUAUGUUAGGAAUCGCUUAGGCUGUCACAUGGAUGGAAAAUGACAGUGACCAUUUAAACCUCUGCCUUGGGCACCAAGAAAGCUAAUGAAAACUGUAGUAAUAGAAGCCAUGAUGCUAGUGUGAACAUAGCUUUAUUCAGUAGCUUACCAAGGUCGUACUCUAAAAAUAACCAGCAGUUAGCCAGCCAACCAUCUUUGGUUCUUCUUUGAAUAUUUCUCUUUAGAAAGAUGCUCUUUUGCAUAAUAUUUAGUAUAAAAUAUAGCACAGUGAAAUUACUGAGAAAAUGUGAUACUGUACCUGGCAAUUUAUCUUUGUUUUUAAGAGCAACCAAUCAAAUGUUACUUAUUGUAUAAACUGUAGAAACAUUUUAUUGCUGUCUAUAACACUCCUUAUGGAAAUCUACUAAUGAAACGGUGUUGUGAAAUGGCUCCCAUUGAUGAAACCUAUCUUUGACUAGACUAUUCAACUGAGUCAAACACUGUACGCUGUAAUGCUGUAUUUGAUUGCAUUUGGGAUCUUGAUAAUUAUCAGCAUAGUUAAAGGGGUACUCCGGCGCUAAGACAUCUUAUUCCCUAUCCAAAUGAUAGGGGAUAAGAUGCCUGAUCGCGGGUCUGAUUACUGGCGAUCACGGGGUCGGAGCAUUGUGACGUCAUGGCCCCGCCCCGUGUGACGUCACAAUCCACCCCCUCAAUGCAAGCCUAUGGGAGGGGGCGUGACAGCUGUCGCGGCGGGACCCCCACGAUCAGGCAUCUUAAGGGAUAAGAUGUCUUAGCACCGGAGUACCCCUUUAAAGGGGAGAUUUAUCAAAGGAUUUAGACUGGUUUUUCUUGUCUAAAUUUGUCGCACAGAAAGUCGCAGUCUAAAUAUGUGCGACUUUUCUGCGACUUUUGCUCUAGAGGAUUUUUAGAACAUGAUGCAUGCUAGUCUAUUUUAGACAAAAAUGCAUUGAAAAAUGCAUUGGUGCUGAAUUUAUCAAAAGCGACUUUUCAGCGACAAGUCGCAUAGGCUGAAAGUACGCCGGAAUGUCAGACCAUGUUGGAGCAGGUUUAAAUAUAGACUAAAGCAUAGAUCAUGCAGUCUGUGCACAGAAUUUAUCAAGAGCCGUGCGCCAUUUGAUAAAUUAGGCGCACAAUAGACCAGACUAACCCUCUAUAGUUUGGUCUAUAUUGAUGCGGGACAUAGACAACUUUGAUAAAUAUCCCCCUAGGUGUCUGAUAAGUUCAGCUCCCUGAACUACCCCUUUAAUAGUCUGGAAAUUGUCUGGAAACAGUCUCCAAACUGUGGACCUCCAAAUGUUUAAAAAAAAAAAUACAACUCCCAGCAUGCUUUGCAACAUCUGGAGGUUCACAGUUUGGAGACCACAGCGAUAGAGCGUCCAUAUUGCGUAUGUAAUGACCACUGCCAGUACUUAAUUCAUUAUAAAUGAAACUGUAGCAUAUGAACUAGAAGGCUCGACAGACGGGCCCCCAAAGUUAUUUGUAAUUUGAACAUACCCUAUUGGGCGGAUCUCACCAAUUUUAGCUAAAUUUCGGCAACGUUAAUCAUUUCCUUUCAUCUUUCUAAAGGUGCCUCGAAAUGACUAGUGUUGAGCGGCAUAGGCCAUAUUCGAAUUCGCGAAUAUUCGCGAAUAUAUGGACGAAUAUUCGUCAUAUAUUCGCAUAUUCGUAAUAUUUCCGUUUUAUUUUCGCAUAUACGAAUAUUCGCGCAUACGAAAAUUAGCAUAAGAGAAAAUUCGCAUAUGUGAAAAUUAGCGUAUGUAAAUUUUCGCAAAUGCGGAAAUUCGCGCCCCAGUCUCACACAGUAGUAUUAGAGCUUUCUUUACACCACAUAAGCUGGAAGCAGAGAGGGAUGAUCACUGUGAUGUGUACUGUGAAAAAAAAACAAAAAA